AUGGAUCCACCAAAGAAACAGCUAAUUUAUAUUACUCCCGAUGAACUCGACCGUCUUCCUCCUGAGGCUCCCGUAUACGUGCUUUCUUCUUCUCGAGAUGAUUCCAAAACUCAAGGUCCAUUAUUGCCAACGCCUACGUCUGUUACUCCAUCACUCAACUGUCACCUCCCUGAUGCUAUGUGGGCCUCGACGCCGUCACUCGUGGGAUAUCCAAAUCAGCCUACAAACCCAACUCUUUUUCCGCCACCACUUUCGUCUUUCACAAUUCCACCACCAUUCCCUCUUAACAUGCAUACGCCACAGCAUUUGAACUCUCAGCCACCUUAUCAUCCACCUCUUCCCCUCCAAUUCUUUCCACCACCGUUAAAUCCUCAACCACUCGCCCAUCUGUCGUCAGCACCUAAUAUCUCUGUUCCACCAAAUCAUUCGAAUUCAAGCCACUUCAAUAGAUCAACGAAGAAGGCAACUGCACCAAAUGUAUCUUCAAGUUCUCGUGACGAUCGCCAAUGUCAUCGGGAAGAUCGAGGGCAACUAACCUAUUCAAGUAUUUGGUGCACUCCUUCUGAUGAUUUUUUCGAGACUAAUGGCACUUGUAAAGUUGCCACGCCGCGCAUGAUUGCACUGGAAAAUGAGUUCGAAAAGGAGGUUUUGGGUCGGCGGAACCGAGCAUUGUCUGGGUGUGUGCCAGUGGAUGAGUUACGCCCUCCCCUAAAAAGGCCUGAAAUAGUCGAUAAUGAUCCCGAAGAUCGUUCCCCUAUUAUAUCGAAGAAUGGACGCAAGCGGCCAAAUCAGAAAAAACGCGAUUCAACUGUUAGCAGUUUGACCGAGCCUGACGCAAUCACUCCAGACAAUCUCAUGGAUGCAAUUUCAAGCAACUUGACUUCAUCUCCGUGUUUGGACAAACACUCACGAAAUGCCGACUCCUUGACGUCUUCUGGCGAUCCUUUCGACAGAACGAUCCAACAACAAAUCGAGGUUUCGCACAAAGUCUCUCAUCCUCAUCGACUCCACCCUAGUAUCUGGCAUAACGAGGCGGGUGAACACAACAGUGGGCCAGCCUGUUCAUGCAAGCCAAAAUAUAGAAUAGGUCCUCUUCAUAACCAAUUUGAGGGUGAAACUGAAGUGCCACGAUGUCGCUUGGAGUCAAACAAUCGAGAUAGGUUGUACCAUUACCGUGUUAUGGUCACACCAACAACUAACUUUUUCAAUUGCAAACCUACAAUCAUUCCUUACAACGGCAACGACUAUUUCUUUGAUGGCUACUCUGUAUUUCUACAUUCCUCCCUUGAACAGCUUCCUCCUUGCCAACUUCUUCGCUUCAACCUGCUGUACGAAUUUGUUGCUGUGGCAGACGAUUUCCCCGAGAACUUGACGGUUCGUGCAAUGGACAUGUUGACGAAGUACAUCUUUCAAGAACUCCUCGAGCUGCUCGAUCUCAACUGGCUGCCACAUGGCGCUGAGUCCGGGUGUCCCGUGGUUCACCUCUUCCCCAGAUUCGUUCGCAAGGUUGGCGAUGCCUCGGCCGAGCUUCUCUCCGUUAACCACAUCCUCGAGUACUGGAUGGGCCAGUCCCGAUUGCCUCUCAUUCGACCCACCGACUUGUCUGCGAUUCAACGCAUGGCCAAUUCCGAGUGGUCAGCGCGCAUUGACGACCUGCGGGGCACACUCGCCUGGAAGCCUGGAGUUAAACCCCCGGCAAUUCGAAUCGAUCAAUUGGAUCGUUCAUUUGACUCUUCUUCCUCAAGUUCCACCAAUACUCCCCGCUCUCUCCCGUAUCCUCUCUUAGUUCAUAUGACCUUCACUCCGAUGAAACUGAGUCUCUCCCGCGACCCAAAGUACAAAUCUGUGCUUAAAAACUUCAUGAAAUUGGAAUAUCUCAUGAACAAUAAACCUCGCAUAACGGCUCACGACCGAGCUCAGCGUGCUCAGCUGGCGAACAAACUGGAUUCAAUGGAUCAGUCUGGUGUUCACCGACGCGAAAUAACCGUUGGCAUCAGUAGCGAGGGCUUCUAUCGAACGGGCAUUCGUCCCGACGUAACUCAAUUUGCUCUCAACAUGGCCUCCUUCGUCACCCACAUCCGCUGUAUUAUGUCGCUGAAGUCUUUGGAAGCGCGUUUGGGGUAUGAAUUCAAGGACAAGUCGCUGCUUCAUCAAGCUCUGACUCAUCCUUCAUAUCGACGAACCGAUUUCGGCACCAAUCAGGACCAUUUCCAAAACACACAAACUAGUUGUGGUCCGCGAACGAUUGUGUAUGGUGACAAAUUGCAGCUUUACAAGCAAUGGCGGAAGAAAGGCCUCUCAAGUAUGAUCAAGGUGAUGUCAUUUAUGCCCAAGCAACACGAGGAGCGAUCGAAGAUCUACGGCAAUGAGCGUUUGGAAUUCUUGGGCGAUGCUGUUAUUGAAGUCAUUGCCAGUAUCCAUUUGUUCUUCAUGUUUCCUGAUCUACCCGAGGGAAAUUUAGACGCCUACCGUCAAGCCUUGGUUCAAAAUCAGCAUUUGGCAGACUUGGCAUUGCGCCUUGGUUUGCACAAAUAUCUUCUGUACACGCACAGCGUAGAUUUUUGCUACGACUCAACCUAUGUGUACACGCGUUCGGAUGCAUUUGAAGCCGUGAUGGGCAAGCAACUUGGCAUUGUCUUUCUUAAAACUACUUGUGAUCUGGAACCAGUCGUGGUAGGUAAUGCAUGUUACUCCUUUUUUGUAGCUGCGAUCGCUCUCGAUGGUGGCCUAGAGGUGGUGGAUCGAAUAUUUGGCGCCGUGCUCUUUGGCGACUGCGAACGCAUUCACCGAGUGUGGGUUCGAAUCCCGCCUCACCCCCUACAAGCCCAGUUCCCUGACGGAGAUAGAGAGUGGGCCUCCAAUGUGCCCAUGUUAAAGAAAUUGUCUGCUCUAGAAGAUCGACUGGGAAUCAAAUUCAAGCAUGUGCGUGUUUUGGCUCGAGCACUGACCGUUCGUAAGACAGGAUUCAAUCUCUAUACCUUGGGCGAUAACCAACGGCUUGAAUUUCUUGGUGACUCCCUGUUGAAGUACGUCACGACAGACUACCUCUUUCGGCACUUCCCACGCCACCAUGAGGGUCACCUCUCUCUGCUGAAGAAUUCCCUGGUAAACAAGUACACCCAAGCGUCGGUUUGCAGCGACCUGGGCCUCGACCAGUUCAUUAUUCGUCGCGAGGACAACUCCUUGGCGAUUUCUGGCAUCUCCGAUGAAGUGCCGUCCUCUCCUACCCGAAAACAACAGAAUGUAAAAAACAAAGCUGACCUGCUUGAAGCCUUUAUUGGUGCGCUCUUCGUGGACAAGGACAUAACCUGGGUGGAGCGCUUCUGUCAGGUGUGUUUCUGGCCUCGCUUAGUGGAAUUCAUCCUCACGCAGGAGUGGAAUGACCCCAAAUCAAAGUUGCAACAAUGCUGCCUGACGUUUCGUUCUCUCAACGAAGAUCCUGAAAUCGCACACUAUAAGAUCCUAGAAUAUUCUGGACCAUCCAACGAACGUGUUUACAAGGUUGGCGUGUUCUUCAAGGACAUUCAGUUAGCCGUGGGCUCAGGAAGGUCCGUUCAGAAUGCGCAAAUGGCGGCAGCUAAGAAUGCAUUGGCAACUCACCAGGGUCGCGUCAUCUUCGCGUACCUUAUAGAGGUGUUCAGGCAGCUGGACUUCCAACGCUCUGUCAUUGCCAAGCGGUACCGGCAGCCGUACAUCGAUAAGAUGCUGAACAAGCUCGAGAGCUGGGACGAGUCGCUCGUUGGUAAAUUUGUCCGUGACGUCCCUGACUACAGCCACGACGCAGCCGACGUCCCGGAGCAUGCAUUUAAGAGGCGUCGCUGCAGCAUUUCUGGCUUGGACGAUGAGCUAAAUGGCCAGGCCAACAGUAACUCGGAUAUGGACUUGGACGACGAGGACGAGGGCGCGCCUUAG